UGGUCAGUUGUGUGUUUGGCACUUUGCCAUUGGGUAGUUCCUAAUUUACUGCCCGGACAGGCCCUUGUAGCCUGUGCUGAGGAGGGAGGAGGAGGAACCAAAGGAGGAGGAGGUGACACGUGGUCGGUUGUUUACAGGUUUUGGAAGGCCAGGGUGUGGUGCUACUUUUACUUCAACAGGUUAAAUCAGGAUGGUUCCUCCUUCCUUUUCUUUGUUAUUAACUUUACUGUGAACUCUGCAGAUGUGUUGUUUUGUUGUAAUGUCAUUUAAAAAGAAAAAAGAAAAGCAGGAAACCACAAGUUACAGUUGGUUCUCCUUUUUUGGAUACUUAUCUGUUGCUGGGACGCCCUGUGUGUGUUUUCAGCUUGUCCUUAUAACCUGUAUGGCUAUAACUCCACAAACUUCCUUUUGGAGCCAUGCAUUAGGGUGCUGAGUAUGAAUUUCACCCUCAGGCAUUCCUCCUGCUGCUUUCCCUCACUCCUACAGUGCUGUCAUGUGAUCAUUCAUGGACCCAGCCAUGCCAUAUGUAGUCAAGUCCACUCUAGCUGCGCCCCACAGACCGCGAGAACAUAGAGGAGUUAAAAAAAACAAAAAAAAAACUGGCGUCAGCAUUUCUACAGCAUGUGCUCUCCUUUGCUCGCUCCCUCCUCCCUCCAUGCCUGCAUCACAGCUCCAGUCACACUUGUUGGUUUGUUGUUUGUUUCCCCACGCUUGCAAGAAGCUAACUUUCGGUUAAUUUAUGUUCCCUUUUUUUUUCUCCAUACACCCAUAGAAGCGUAUUAAAAUACCGACUCAAUCCACCUUAUGUCUUCUGAUAUUGCUGGGAGGUUUGCUCCUGGUGGCACCGUGGCGGAGGCUAACCAUCCGUACAGCGACGACGACGACUCGCUGAAUGAGGCCGAGGUGAACGGCAACUGGACGCCCCAGGAAAAGGCGCUCCACGAGGCUCGUCUAAAAGCUAAAGCCAAGCGUCGCCUGCGCAAAUCCUCGUCUCGCAACUCCACCAGCGAGUCUUUCUCGGAGUCGGGAGAAGUGGCGGGUGGUGACCCGCACAGCCCGAAAGGCAAAGUCAACACCAAUGACCGGAAAUCCAGGACGGGCAAAGGCAGAGGCCUGCCAAAAAAAGGUGGGGCAGGUGGUAAAGGAGUUUGGGGAGCUGCUGGGAUGGUUUACGAAGAUGAGGAGCCCGACAUACACGACCCCAACUAUGAUGAAUCUUAUCAGGGGGACACGGUCUACGAGACGGUCGUGCCCGAGAUAGACGAGAAGGAACUUGAGAAAAUGGUGAACCCGAUUGUACAGGAGUACUUUGAGCACGGGGACACAAAAGAGGUUCAGAUGCUGUUGAAGGAGCUCAAUUUGGGCCAGCACAAGUACGAGUUCUCCUCUCUGGCCGUGUCCCUGUCCCUCGAAGGCAAGGCGAGCCACAGAGAACUGACCUCCCGCCUGCUGUCUGAUCUGUCGGGGAAGAUGCUGUCGCAAAGUGAGAUGGGGCGAGCUUUCGACAAGAUGCUUAAAGAGCUCCCGGACCUCAUCCUGGACACACCGGAUGCCCCGCAGAUGUUAGGCCAGUUUAUAGCCAGAGCCAUCGCAGACCACGUCCUCCCCAUGUCAUUCCUGGACUGCUACAAGGGCAAAGUGGACUGUGAGCAUGCCAGAGUGGCUUUAGACCGCGCUGCUGUGCUGCUGUCCAUGAAGAGGGAGAUGGUUCGCCUGGACAACGUGUGGGGUGUCGGUGGAGGUCUGAGACCUGUCAAACAUCUCAUCAAAGAGAUGAAUCUUCUGCUCAAAGAGUAUCUGAUAUCAGGAGACGUGUCGGAGGCGGAGCACUGUCUCCGGGACCUGGAAGUGCCUCAUUUCCACCAUGAGCUGGUCUACGAGGCUGUAGUGAUGGUGCUGGAGUCUAAAGGUGACACUGCCACUAGUAUGAUGAUGAAGCUCCUGCAGUCCUUCUGGAAAACGGGCCUCAUCACUGUUGAUCAGAUGAACAGGGGUUUCCAGCGCGUCUAUGAUGAGCUGCCUGAAAUCAGCCUAGAUGUGCCACAUGCCCACUCUAUCAUGGAGACUUUUGUGGACCUGUGCUAUCAGGAGUCUGUCAUCACCAAACAGCUGAGGGAUGCCUGUCCCUCCAGAGGGCGGAAGCGUUUUGUCAGCGAAGGAGAUGGAGGGAUGAUCAAGACCUAAUCUACAGGAGGAAGAGGGGGCAUCAGCAGCAGCAGGAAGAGGAGGGGGUGUCUACUGGUUCUUACACCCUGUUUCUGCUCCAGCAUGUUUCCCUGAAACCGGACAUGCCUGCGGUCUAAUGUUUCCUUGUUCCUCUCCUGGUAAUGUUUAUAAUGUCAUCAGUUAAAACCAGCGUUUGUUGACGUUUGGUGGAAGUAAACCGAAAAGAGCGGCCUGGGUUCAGAUCCCAUCAUCUUGUUCGUCACUGCUUUCUUUUUUUUUUCUUUUGACCUUUUUGUGAUGAAUAUUCUCUGAGGGUUCAUGUGACACUUUUGCCUCAGUCUUUGUACCUGUUUGUCAAGAAUAACACAAGUCAGAGCUGCAGAGCUACAGGGGGACAGGCUGGGUUACGUGGGAGAUUAAUUGCUUUUGUCUCUUGCUUAAUUUCACCUGUUACCGUGUCUUUAUUUUUUAUUUUGUUUUCAUUCACAUAAUGUGCUAUAAAUGGAAACGCGCACUCAGAGGGACAGAGCAUACCGUAUCCAGCGAGCACUUAGUAAUUUAGCUGAGCAGAAAGGAUCUAAAACUCUUCAGCUUCUGUCCUUAUUUCGAGGAUGCCAUGUUUCGUACCUCUUGUUUAAGUUGUUCAUUAAUGUUUUAUGAACAGUGAUGACUUUUUUUUUUCCUCCUCCUUGAAUUUUGGGCUUUGAAGCCAAAUGUUUACUUUCGUAAAGCACCAGUGAAAGCAAAAGGUGUUUUGGGCACUAUUUGGGUGUUUAUCUGAAACUUGCAUCAGGGCAAAUACACUUCAGAAGCCAUUUCUGAAAAUGAAGAUAAAUUGGGGUUAAUGUGAUUUCAAAAUAAAUAAAUGAGCAAUAUUUUGAGCACUCUGCUUGCAGUUAACUCGUGUAUUUACAGCCACGUGGUCAGCAGUUGAUUCUGGACAGGGUAGCCUUCGACGUGCAGAGACGCUCUAGACGGCGGCGUCUGGUAAUUGUCUUUAAUGGAUUAAGUUUAAUGCAUGUGUAAAGACAACCCCAGCUUUUCUUGGAAAACGGUCAUUGAGACUUUUUCUGCCCCUGUCUUACAGUUUUACAUGUUGACCAAAGUUAUAAUAAAUAUAUUUCAUUCAUUAAAAAAAGUAACAAAUUGAA